UGUUGAAUAGCUUAAUUGAUUUUUAAUUAUGAAAGAAGAAUGAAAAAAUAUAUAACAGCUGUUCUUAUUUUCAGUAUUGACAUGUUAAAGUCCCCUGAUAAAGAAGAAGAUCCAGAGAUUAUUUCUGAAGACAGCAGUCUAGUAACUCUUCGAAUUAGAAAGAAGGCCCUGGAGAGGCGAGAAGAAACCAUAAUUGUAGAUCGCACUUGCAGACAAGAAACAUUUACUUAUGAGAUGGAGUCUCAUGCAAUUGGAAAGAAGCCAAAAGAUCCAGCAAAUCUAAUUGAGGAAGGAGAACUUUUCCUAACUCUGAACAUCUUUUAUCCUGUCAUAUUUCAGAAGCAUAAAGAUCACAAACCUUAUCAGACAGUGAUUGUGUUGGGCAGUCAAAAACUCACUGAGCUCAGAGACUCCAUUUCCUGUGUCAGCGACCUUCAGAUGGGUGGUGAGUUCAGCAGCCACCCUGACCAAGCACCAGAGCAUGUUAGCAAGGAUCUCUACAAAUCUGCUUUCUUUUAUUUUGAAGGCGUUUUUUACAACGAUAAAAGGCACUCAGAGUGCAGAGAUCUGAGCAGAACAAUUAUUGAGUGGUCAGAAUCUCAUGAUCGAGGCUAUGGGAACCUUCAGACUGCUAAAAUGGAGGACUACACGUUUAAUGACUUGUCCAUCAAAAUUGGUUUUCCAUACCUCUUCUGUCACCAAGGAGAUUGUGAGCAUAUCAUUCUCAUCACAGACAUAAGGCUUGUUCAUGAGGAUGACUGCCUGGACAGGACCCUGUAUCCCUUGCUAAUCAAGAAGCAUUGGUUAUGGACUAGAAAAUGCUUUGUGUGCAAAAUGUAUACAGCCAGGUGGGUGACUAAUGAGGACAGUCUCGCUCCAGAGGACCCCUGUUUCUUCUGUGAUGUUUGUUUUCGAAUGCUCCAUUAUGAUGCAGAAGGCAAUAAACUGGGAGAGUUCCUUGCUUACCCUUACGUUGACCCAGGGACUUUCAACUAAGGCUUCAACGAGAAUGAAUUCAGUGAACUGGAACCAUGAAUCUGCUGCAGUGGCGGUUGGGUGGUUCUGAACAGAUGUAGUCUGAAAUACUGCUGGGGUUUGGGAUAGGCCAUCAUUCCUUUGUUCAGUAGCGGGGGUUCCUGCGCACAUCAAGUUUUUGAAUCUUGUUGGUAAUUCAGAUAGGGAGCAUUUACUUUUACACAAUGGAUUAGUGUGGAGGAAACAGCCUCAGCCAUGCUUCGUUUUAACUAUAAAAAUGCAAAAGAGUACUGUUUACUUUUUUUUUAAAGUGCCUACAGU